AAUAAAUGAACAAAAAACCGAUCUUUGUCGGACGUCAUCUCUUCGCCGGCGAACUUCUUUCCGGUAUUGUUUGCAAAGAACAAUUCCGGCAAGUUUCCGGUGAAUUAAAAAAAUUCUGUGAAAAAAAAAAAAAGAAUUAAAGAUGAUAGAUUCUUCUCCUUCAUUUUUCUCUCGAUUCUGGUCUUCAGCUCUCAGAGCUAAACCACUUAGCAAUUCAUCGGACGUCGUUCGUAUAAACUCCGGCGAAGGUCUAGUUCGCCGCCUCGGGCCUUUUGACCUCAUUCUCCUCGGCAUUGGCGCUUCAAUUGGAGCCGGCAUCUUCGUCGUCACCGGCACCGUCGCGCGCGAUGCUGGUCCUGGAGUGACAAUUAGCUUUAUACUAGCAGGAGCAUCAUGUGUGUUGAAUGCUCUUUGUUAUGCUGAGCUGGCAUCUCGUUUUCCUGCAGUUGUUGGAGGAGCAUACUUAUAUACCUACACAGCUUUCAAUGAACUCACUGCUUUUCUUGUUUUUACACAAAUGAUGCUUGAUUAUCAUAUUGGUGCAGCUAGCAUAGCAAGGAGUUUAGCAAGUUACAUCAUUAACAUAUUAGAACUUGUACCCUUUUUUAAAAACAAUAUUCCAAAUUGGAUUGGACAUGGUGGAAAAGAGAUUUUUGGGUUUAUAUCUAUUAAUCUAUUGGCUCCUGUUCUACUUGUAGUCUUGACUUUGAUCCUAUGUCGUGGGGUUGGAGAAUCUUCAUUGGUGAAUACCAUUAUGACUAUAACCAAGAUAAUUAUCGUUGUUGUGGUAAUUAUUGUUGGUGCUUUUGAAGUUGAUGAUUCAAAUUGGUCACCUUUUGCUCCAAAUGGUUUUAAAUCUGUGUUAACAGGAGCAACUGUUGCUUUUUUUGCAUAUGUUGGAUUUGAUGCAGUUGCUAAUUCAGCUGAAGAAUCUAAGAGACCACAGAGGGAUUUACCAAUAGGCAUCAUAGGAAGCCUUGUUGUUUGUGUGGCAUUAUACAUUGGUGUUUCUCUAGUAAUCACUGGAAUGAUACCUUACAAAUUUCUUGGAGAAGAUGCUCCUUUGGCUGAAGCUUUUAAAGCAAAAGGAUUAAAUUUUGUGUCCACUUUAAUCAGCAUUGGGGCUGUUGCUGGGCUUACAACUACCCUUUUAGUUGGGCUUUAUGUUCAGUCACGAUUAUAUCUUGGGCUUGGAAGAGACGGUUUAUUACCCGCAAUAUUUGCUCGUGUUCAUCCAACACGCCACACUCCAAUUCACUCUCAAAUUUGGGUUGGAUUUAUUGCAUGUCUUUUAGCUGGACUUCUUAAUGUGCAUUUGCUCUCACAUGUUCUCUCAGUUGGCUCUUUGGCAGGAUAUUCAGUAGUGGCAGCGUGUGUAAUAACUCUUCGAUGGAAGGACAAUAUUGGAAAUCAAAUUUCAUCAUCCAUGUUGGUGUCAGUGACACAUAGGCAAGAAGGCAUCAUAUGCAUUGUUGUGAUUGCUUCUUGUGGUUUUGCUGCUGGAAUUGUUUUUCGUUAUGUUGUUUCUGCCCUUUCGUUUAUAUUUCUUAUUAUUCCAAUCGCCAUUGCUUUACUUGCUACUGCAGCUCUUCGAUUUCGCCAGGAACAAACAAAAGCUUCAGGUUUCUCUUGCCCAUGGGUUCCUAUUGUGCCUUCUCUUUGCAUCUUUGUGAACAUAUUUUUAUUUGCUCAGCUUCACUAUGAAGCCUGGAUGAGAUUUAUUGUCCUGAGCAUUGUGGCGGUUGGUGUAUAUGCUUUUUACGGGCAAUAUCAUGCUAAUCCUGUAACCGAUCGCGAAACUGUCAUUUACCAAAAAGCCCCUGAUGAAGAAGCUCUAUAAUUUUUGUAUUAUUGUAUAUACGUUUAAACCAAAUAACCAUUAGUAUGAAUUAUGUAAGUUUUGCUAGUCAUGUGUAUCCACGGUUUGUUAGAAUAGCAA